UUUUAAAAUAUAACUCUACUCAAAUCAGCUGCAACGCCUUCUACCUACUAAUUCAAGUUUAGAUGAGAUAUAAUACAUCAUAAGUUAGUUCUUAAUUUGCUCCACCAAACAACUAAAAAACAACAACCCAUACUUUCAACACACAAUCCUGAAAUUAAUAACACCCCUAAUAUAUAAAAACUUCCGUAUUAUGUAGUCCUUUCUUUCAGGCAUAAAACAUUUUAUAACCCACAAUCCACUUCGCUUUCGAAAGACCGAGUCUAUAUAGCCUUCGAUUUCUACACUUUUCGAUGAACUGAGCACCCAAAACACACACAAACACAGUAGGAUAAGCUAAGGAAGUUUUUGUCAUGUCUCCUAUAAGAAAUGGCAAUGAUGAAAGCGAGGUCCCUAGGAUUCCAUAUGUGAAUCUGAAGGAUUCCAUUAACAAUCACAAAGAGUAUUCUCAGAGUAUUAAGCCUAGCAUAUCGCCGACCCUUGGUGAGCUCCUUAAGUGGGUUUACAAAGAUGAUUCUGGUGGCGAAGAUAAGCCUCCGCAUCAUGUUGUAGAGCUUGCUGAUGCAGCUUUUAAGCCUACGAUACCAUACCCUUUUGUGCUUUCAUUUCACAAUCUUACGUAUAGUGUGAAGGUUAGCAAAAAGUUAAACGGGUUAGACUAUAAGGUGCUGUUGAAUGACAUUUCUGGAGAGGCAAGAGAGGGGGAGAUCAUGGCGGUGUUAGGGGCAAGUGGGUCAGGUAAAUCAACGUUGAUUGAUGCGUUAGCUAAUAGGAUAUCAAAGGAGAGUAUAAAGGGGUCGGUUCGGUUGAAUGAUGAGGUGUUAGAGUCCAAGCUAUUGAAAGUGAUCUCAGCAUAUGUUAUGCAAGAUGACCUUCUCUUUCCAAUGUUGACAGUAGAAGAGACCCUGAUAUUUUCAGCUGAAUUUAGACUUCCUAGAUCUCUUUCAAAGUCGAAAAAGAAGGCUAGAGUGGAAGUGCUUAUAGACCAACUAGGCCUAAGGGGUGCUGCUAAUACUGUCAUUGGAGAUGAAGGCCACCGAGGAGUUUCUGGAGGGGAAAGGAGGAGGGUUUCGAUAGGUAUCGAUAUCAUCCAUGAUCCCAUCAUAUUGUUCCUGGACGAGCCAACCUCAGGGCUUGACUCUACCAGUGCCUUUAUGGUGGUAAAAGUUCUCCAAAGGAUCGCUCAGAGUGGAAGCAUAGUUGUUAUGACAAUUCAUCAGCCAAGUUCUCGUAUUCUCAACCUUUUGGAUAGGCUCAUCUUUCUCUCCCGUGGACAAACCGUUUUCACUGGUACCUCGUCAGAGCUACCUUUGUUCUACUCAGAGUUUGGGUGCCCUAUCCCAGAGGGCGAAAAUAGGACUGAAUUCGCCUUGGACCACAUACAAGAACUCGAGGAAUCAUCUGAUGGGACCCAAGCAAUGGUUGACUUCAACAAAUCCUGGCAGCAGCAGAGGAGGAAUAAUAACCUCCCUUCUCAUCGACAGCCUAAGAUGUCUCUUAAUGGUGCAAUUAGUGCUAGCAUAUCGAAAGGAAAACUGGUUUCAGGCGCAGCUAAUGAUGACUCCAACCCAACCUCAGUUCCAAAGUACGCAAAUCCUUUCUGGCUUGAAGUAUAUGUUAUCGGGAGAAGGUCAAUGUUAAACUCAAGGAGAAUGCCUGAGUUAUUUGGCAUCCGUUUAGGUGCAAUUGUGGUGACAGGUUCAAUCUUGGCUACCAUUUUCUUGCAUCUUGACCAAUCCCCAAAGGGUGCUCAAGAAAGACUUGGCUUCUUUGCUUUCGCCAUGUCAACAACAUUCUACACCUGCGCUGAGGCAAUCCCAGUUUUCCUGCAGGAGAGAUACAUUUUCAUGCGAGAGACAGCCUACAAUGCAUAUCGUCGGUCUUCCUAUGUCCUCAGCCACGCUCUCAUUUCAAUUCCAUCCCUAAUUGUGCUUUCUCUUACUUUUGCAGCCAUUACCUUCUGGCCAGUAGGCCUUGCAGGUGGUCUCCAGGGCUUCCUGUACUACUUUGCCUUCAUUUUGGCAUCUUUCUGGGCAGGUCAUUCCUUUGUUACCUUCCUCUCUGGGGUGGUGACCCAUGUCAUGCUUGGCUUCACUGUCGUUGUGGCUAUACUUGCCUACUUCCUCCUUUUCAGCGGCUUAUUCAUAUCACGUGACCGUAUCCCUUCUUACUGGCUAUGGUUUCAUUACAUCUCGCUAGUUAAAUACCCAUACGAAGGUGUCCUUCAGAACGAGUUCAGUGACCCUACAAAGUGCUUCGUCAGAGGGAUUCAGAUGUUUGAUAACACCCCUCUUCAGGCUGUUCCAGAUAUUCUCAAAACAAGGUUGUUGACGAGUAUGGGUAAUGUGUUGGGGAGGAACCUUACAAGCACUAGCUGUGUUACUACAGGUGAAGACAUACUCCGGCAACAGGGUAUUACAGAUUUGAGUAGACUGAGUUGCAUGUGCAUCACUAUUGCUUGGGGUUUCUUUUUUAGAUUUCUCUUUUAUGUCGCCCUGAUGUUUGGGAGCAAGGAUAAAAGGAGAUGAUUAGGUAGUGGCAUCAAGUAUUCAAGUAUUUUCAAUUUAAUUUACUUUUUCCAGAUUGAUACUUCGGGUCGGUCAACAGUAAAAAUCUAAUUGUAACUUUGUAAUAUUACCUUUUUCCUUUCA